CCCAGGAGCUGCAGGAGUGGAUAAGAAGAGGUCCUUCACUGAGAAUCUGAGGCGCCUAUACUGGGAUAUAAGUGAGGAAAUUCACGAAACGCUGGCAAGGAACCGGUUCCUUGAUGGCCAGAGUGAUGUAGACUUCCACAAUGGGGUGGUGUCCGAAGAACUUGUGAGAAGAAGUGGAAGUCACCGCAGAG